UGAGACACAUCUUGCCUAAAUCAAAUAAAUGUACAAAAAUUUAUUGUACAUCGCAAGGGAUUUGUUAGUUAAAUUUAAUUUUUAAAAAAAAACUAUGAUAAGAUUCCCUGCAAUUAAAAAGAAAAGAAAACAGGAAAAGAACGAUGCGACUAAGAAAUGUUGCUCUUCAGCGUUAAUUAGAUUAACGAAAGAUGUUAACGCACUUCAAUCUUCAGAAAUUUGUUCAAUUGCUUUUCCAGAUCCUGAUGACUUGUUUAAUUUCCAGUUGAAAAUAACACCGGAUGAAGGAUUCUACAAACACGCCGCUCAUGAUUUUAUUUUCAGAGUGUCACCUGAAUAUCCUUAUGAUCCUCCAAAGGUUCGGUGUAUGACUGAUAUCUACCACCCUAAUAUCGAUACAGAGGGCAAUGUGUGCCUCAACAUUUUGAGAGAGGACUGGAAUCCUAUCCUUGAUCUGAACGCCAUCGUUUUUGGAUUGCUGCAUCUUCUGCUCGAUCCCAAUCCAGAUGAUCCAUUGAAUGAAAAAGCUGCUGAAGAGUUUAGGAGUGAUCAAAUUUCGUUUGCCAACAACGUCAGCAGAGUGAUGGACAAAGUAAUCACAGCAGCUGCUCUCUCGGAAGAUUAGUUUUUUUUAUUUUUUUAAAUAUUGUCAAUUACCUAAAGAUAAAUAAUUAAAGUUGAGAGUGAUAUCACUUAUGAUUUAUUUGAAUCAAAUCUAUCUUUACCACUUGAUGACAAAGCUUUCCUGGAUUUGAGGAAUGAUCAAAUUUCGUUUGUCAACAAGUGAUGGACAAAGCAAUCACUGCGCAGUAGGACAAACAGUUUUGCUUUUAAAAUUUUGUUAAUUAUUUGAAUAUUAAAUACUAUUAAAUAAUUAAAGUAAUACUCCUUU